AGUCCAUGAAGGCAGCACGGGUGCACCUGAAUCCCACUGUUGUUGAAUGUUGACAGUUAGCAGCAUCACAUCCAGCAUCACGUGCUCAGCUACAAGUAGAGAACAUUUAGCGGGUUUUAUCUCACAUCUGUGUAACAGUUAUAACACGAGGACUAGCGUGAUAGUACCGGUGAUGUGUUUAUACAUCGAUGGUUUAUACAUGCAGAGACCCCCGAGGCUGUUUGAUUAACGUGGAGCUAACGGCGACCCUCCCGGUGCUGGAUCAGAUCUAUCUAACUUUAACGCUGGGUAUUAAAAAAGGGCUGGGUUACAGACAUGCACCCACCAUCUCGAAAGGACUAUAUAUCUAUAAGCUUUGCUGGACAAGGAAGCGAAGGUUACAAUAACAGCAAGCAGUGGAGGAGGCAGUCCUGCUGGAGGAAAUGGAAGCAGCUGUCCAGGCUGCAGCGGAGCCUUAUCCUCGUCCUUCUGUUCAUUUGUGGAAUUGCUUCCUAUCCUGCUGUUACUGAACAUCUCAGAGGCCUUACAGAUGGAGACCAAGAAACAGUGACGGACAGUAACAGCAUCCUGAGGCCCGUCAUCCCCAUUGUGCUGCCUGAGCCUGUCAAACAGGAGCAACUACCACUGCCAGAAGACACCUCCCAGAGGAAAUUAUCCAAGAAGAGAGGACCGCCCAUCCUUCAUAAUCGUCUUCAGAAGAAGGGAAACGCUUCCAAGAAUGUGGUUGAGGACAAGGCAGCUGACAACAAGAAAGAAGGGGAGGAGGAGGGAGUUAUCAGCUGGCAUGGGGCAGUGAACCAGGCCACAGAAGAGGCUAGCAGGCUGGAGGCGGUGCAGGGAGCUUUCAGACAUGCAUGGAAGGGUUAUAAAGACUUUGCUUGGGGCCACGAUGAGCUCAGGCUCUCAAAGUCCUACAGCGAGUGGUUCGGCCUGGGUUUGACGCUUAUCGAUUCCCUGGAUACCAUGUGGAUCAUGGGGCUUAAAGAAGAAUUUGAAGAAGCGAAGACGUGGGUGGCCACAGAGCUCACAUUCAACAAGAAUGUAGAUGUUAACCUAUUUGAAAGCACCAUCCGCAUCCUGGGAGGCCUACUGAGUACCUACCAUCUGACUGGAGACACCCUGUUCCUAGACAAAGCUAAAGACAUCGGCUCCAGGCUGAUGCCAGCCUUCAACACCCCGUCCAAGAUCCCCUACUCCGAUGUGAACAUCGGGAAAGGCACAGCCCACCCUCCUCGCUGGACCUCAGAUAGCACCGUGGCCGAGGUUACAAGCAUCCAGCUGGAGUUCAGAGAGCUCAGCCGCCUCACCCAGGAACCACAGUACCAGGAUGCUGUGGCUGAGGUUAUGAAUCAGGUUCACAAGCUGGACGGCAAGCUGGAUGGUCUCGUGCCCAUGUUCAUCAACACAAACAGCGGACAGUUCACCCAUCAAGGCAUCUACACACUGGGAGCCAGAGCAGACAGCUACUAUGAAUACCUGCUGAAGCAGUGGAUCCAGGGAGGCAAGAAGGAGGACCAGCUCUUGGAGGACUAUCUGCAGGCAAUAGAGGGUGUAAAGAAGAACCUGUUGCAGAAGUCUUCACCUAAUGGCCUCACCUUUGUUGGAGAGGUCUCACAUGGACAGUUCAGCCCUAAAAUGGACCAUCUAGUGUGUUUUCUGCCGGGUACUCUGGCUCUCGGUGCCCACAACGGCCUGCCUGCUGAUCACAUGGAUCUGGCCAAACAGCUGAUGGAGACCUGCUACCAGAUGUAUAUCCAGAUGGAAACAGGCCUCAGCCCAGAGAUCGUCCACUUCAACAUGCAUCAGGGCAGUAACCGAGACAUCGACGUUAAGCUUGCAGACAGGCACAACCUCCUGCGACCAGAAACGGUGGAGAGUCUCUUCUACCUGUACAGGUUCACCAAGGACCCCAAGUACCAGGACUGGGGCUCGGAGAUUCUCCAAAACUUUAACAAGUACACCAAGGUUUCCUCCGGUGGCUACACCUCCAUCAAUAACGUGCGUGACCCGGACUAUGUAAGCCCCCGAGACAAGAUGGAGAGCUUCUUCCUGGGAGAAACCCUGAAAUAUCUGUACCUGCUCUUCUCAGACGAUCCCGACCUCAUCAGCCUCGACCAGUAUGUGUUCAACACUGAAGCUCACCCUCUGCCUAUAUGGCCCUCCACUGUGUGACACACACACACACCAACACACAGGAAUUCACACGGCAGAUAAAACUGCACGUAUAAACACAAAACAACAUCUCAGGGUUGGUCCAACACCAAGAGAAUUCCUUCGUCUUUUGUCUCUGUGACUGAAUGUUGUCAGAAACAACCCUGAACACAGACCACAGAUGGAAAAAGGCUCCUUUUUACCGAUUGAUUCAAUUGUUCGCUAUGUGCUAAUAGCCACGGAAAAAAAUGACAAGAGCCUGAUUCAGUUCAGUGGCCUUGUUUAUUUAUUUGAGUGGUCCUUUUUGUUGCAUGGACUUCUGGUAGUGGUAGAGUUUAUGCUGGAGAAGCAGAGGAAGGUUUCUGUCCUCCUGACCAGCAUUCAAGAAAAACCUGAUUGUGACUUGAAUCAAAGAUGUCUUAAUCACAUGUUGAGGGGAUGAGGAGUUGGACGGGUUGGACUGAUACGGGGGUUUGAAAGCUGAUACUGAUACUUUCGUUUUGAAGCUGCUCAUAGCUUAUGCUUACAGCUGUGCACAUCCUAUUUCUAACAAAAAUGACCAUUUUGUGUCAGAAAAAAUAACUCUUUUUUUUGUA